UUUCGUUUUGGAUGAAUUGGUAUUAUAGAAUUGGUAGGUCGUGGCUGUUCUAACGAAUAAUUUCUCUUAUGUGUCCGUGUCAUCCACACGUCCUUGACAGUUACCAGUUCUCUCGAAGUUGAGGUUGGGAUUUUCCUUCAAAGCUGACGAUUCUUGGUUUCAUUGAGCAGGGAAGAAAAUGGAUUUUUUCUUGAAGGGAAUGAAUGAGGAGACCUCUGAAUGCCCUUUUGAUAUUAAGGACAUCCAAAGAUGUCCAUUUUUGAGGAACAUCAACAAACCCACAAAUUUUUCCUUUUCUUCAGUGAACCUUUCCAUGCCUGGAGCCAAAGGUCCAAUAUUUGAAGAUGGUCCUAGUUUUGAUACGGCAUUUAAGAUAUUUCAUGGGAAGGAUGGGGUUGUACCACUAUCUGGGAGAUCUAGUGGUCAUGAUGAUGUUCCGGAUUUUGCGCCUGCGCCACUUUUCAAUCCUCUAGCAGCAAAAUCUGCCACCAUAAGUCUUUCAGCGUUUGGACCAGGAGGGCCUUUCAACUUUGGUUCAUUCUAUGAGAAAUGGAAGAAGCAGCAGAACUCUGAAUCAUCUAGCAAGAAGAAACCCUCUUCUUCUCAGAAAGGAAAUUCAUCACAACAUGAGGCUUUAGGAAAUGAGUGGUUGAAAACAGGAAACUGCCCAAUUGCCAAGUCUUGCAGAGCUGUGAGCCGUGUUCUCCCACUUAUUGCAUCAGCACUUCAACCACCAGCCGGUAUGAAGAUUAGAUGCCCUCCUGCAGUUGUUGCUGCAAGGGCAGCGCUAGCUCGGACUGCACUUGUAAAGUCCUUACGUCCUCAACCGCUACCAGAAAAAAUGCUUGCCAUCGCAGCCUUGGGUAUGGCAGUCAAUGUCCCCUUGGGUGUAUGGAAGGAGCAUACUAAGAAGUUUUCACUCUCAUGGUUUGCAGCAAUACAUGCUGCUGUGCCUUUCAUAGCCAUGCUUAGGAAGUCUGUGUUAAUGCCCAAAACAGCAAUGGCAUUGACCAUUGCAGCUUCUAUCCUAGGACAGGUUAUUGGUUCGAGAGCUGAAAGGCUCCGGCUUAAAACAGUGGCAGAGAGAGAAAAGGGAAUGGCACAGACAGCAACUUCUGGUGCCAUUGUAGGGUUUGGCAAAAGCCAGGUUGAUAGCAUUGGUGGUGUUACUUGUGGUGCAGAAGGCAUGAUGUUUGACCCAUUUUCUGUGAAAGGUGCUGGGUCAACUUCUUCAUCCGCAGAUGUGUGUUUUUGAGGUCACUUUUGCAAGUAACGUUAAAUAAAAUGAAAUAAAGUAUUGAUGGUUAUAUAUAGAGUAGAGCUUUGAACUUCAGAGAUGUAUUAUUCAUUAAUACUUUUGAAACUCUGUAUUUAAUCAUCGUUAUUAUAUGAAAUAAGAAUCUUUGUUUUGUUCGUA